AUGAUAGUGGUAGCUUGUGCUGAAGUUCGUUUCUUGGACGUUUUACCACAAAACAUUUCAUUUGCAGAAGAAGAGAAAAAGGUAUUAAAAUAUUGGGAUGAGAUUAAUGCAUUUGAAACAUCUUUAAAGAUGUCAGAGGGACGUCCAGAAUAUUCAUUCUAUGACGGACCUCCAUUUGCCACUGGUCUUCCACAUUACGGUCACAUUUUGGCCGGUACCAUUAAAGAUACAGUAACGAGAUACGCACACCAAACUGGACAUCAUGUCGAGCGUCGUUUUGGAUGGGAUUGUCAUGGUUUGCCAAUCGAAUUUGAAAUUGACAAGGAGUUGGGCGUGCGUACCAAGGACGAUGUCCUCAAGAUGGGUAUCCCAGCAUACAAUGCCGCAUGUCGUGGUAUUGUGAUGCGUUACAGUACCGAGUGGGAGGCAAUCGUCAAGCGUUUGGGUCGUUGGAUCGACAUGAAGAACACCUACCGUACCAUGGAUCUCAGCUUUAUGGAGUCCGUGUGGUGGGUAUUCAAGCAGUUGGCCGACAAGGACAUGGUGUACCAAGGUUUCAAGGUCAUGCCAUACUCGAUCCCAUGUACCACUCCACUCUCUAAUUUCGAAGCUUCUAGCUCGUACAAGGACGUCAGCGACCCCGCUGUCGUCGUCGCCUUCCCCAUCACCGACGAUGCCGAGGGUGCUAGCUUCUUGGCAUGGACGACUACGCCUUGGACACUCCCAUGUAAUCUUGCAUUGGUUGUCAACCCCAAGAUGGACUAUGUACGUGUGCAAGACACCAAGACCAACAAGAUCUACGUGCUCGCCCAAAAGCGUCUCGCCAUCAUCUACAAGGACACCAAGAACACGUCCAAGGAAUUCAAGUUGCUCGCCACUGUCAAGGGUGCCGAGCUCGUUGGCAAGUCCUACACCCCACUCUUCCCAUUCUUUGCCGACGACGUCAAGACUGGUGCCUUCAAGGUUGUCCCAGGCGACUAUGUCACCGAAGACAGCGGUACUGGUGUUGUCCACGCCGCCCCUGCCUAUGGUGAGGAGGAUUUCAACGUCUGCAUGCAAGCUGGUAUCAUCAAGCGUGAGGAUUUCAAGCGUCCAUCUUUGAAUGCCGUCGACGUGAACGGAUGCUACACCAGCGACGUCACUGCCUUUGCAGGCAAGCGUGUCAAGGAUCCAGCUGGCGAGACUGACAAGGAAGUCAUCAAGGCAAUCAAAGCAAUGGACAGACUCGUCCACCAAAGCAAUAUCGUCCAUUCCUACCCAUUCUGCUGGCGUUCAGACACCCCACUCAUCUACCGUGCCGUCGGCUCGUGGUUUGUCCGUGUCGAGCAGAUGCGUGACCGUUUGCUCAAAAACAACGAGGAUACUCACUGGGUUCCCGAUUUUGUCAAGGAGAAGCGUUUUGCCAACUGGCUCAAGAACGCCAGCGACUGGGCAGUCUCGCGUAACCGUUAUUGGGGUACCCCAAUCCCAAUUUGGAUCAGCGAGGAUGGUCAAGAGAUGGUUGUCAUUGGUUCAAUUGAAGAGUUGUUUGAGCUCUCUGGCGUCCGUGUCACCGAUCUCCAUCGUGAAUCGAUUGACCAUAUCACCAUCCCAUCGAAAAAGGGUGGUGCUCCACUCCGUCGUAUCGAAGAGGUGUUUGAUUGUUGGUUCGAGUCUGGCAGUAUGCCAUACGCCCAACAACACUACCCCUUUGAGAACAAGGACCGUUUCGAAAAGAUCUUCCCAGCACACUUUAUCGCCGAAGGUAUCGAUCAAACCCGUGGUUGGUUCUACACCUUGCUCGUUCUCUCAACUGCCUUGUUUGACAAGCCACCCUUCCAAAACCUCAUUGUCAAUGGUUUGGUACUUGCUUCGGACGGCAAAAAGAUGAGCAAACGUCUCAAAAACUAUCCCGAUCCAGUCACUGUCAUUGACAAGUUUGGUUCGGACGCUCUCCGUCUCUACCUCAUCUCUUCGCCCGUCGUACGUGCCGAGACACUCAAGUUCCAAGAGAAUGGUGUCAAGGAUAUGCUCAAGGACGUCUUCUUGCCAUGGUUCAACGCCUACCGUUUCAUGGUACAAAACGCACAUCGUCACGAAGCUGCCACCGGCUCCAAGUUUGUGCCAACCCUCGAGGUUGCCCUUGCAUCCACCAACAUUAUGGAUCGUUGGGUGCUCGCCUCGUGCCAAUCACUCAUCAAGUUUGUACGUGAGGAGAUGGCUGCCUACCGUCUCUACACGGUCGUUCCACGUCUCACCUUGUUCAUCAACGAGCUUACCAACUGGUACGUCCGUCUCAACCGUCGUCGUUUCAAGGGUGCCAACGGUGAAGACGAUGCCAAGACCUCACUCAACAUUCUCUUUGAGGUGUUGUUAAAGGUUUGCGUUGCCAUGGGUCCAUUUACUCCAUUCUUUACCGAGUAUAUGUACCAAAACUUGCGUCGUGUCUUGCCAGAUGGACAACGCGAGGAUUCCGUCCACUUUGUCUUGUACCCAGAGCCCAUCCAAGCCGCCUUUAACGUGCGUAUUGAAGAAGCCGUCACCCGUAUGCAAACUGUCAUUGAACACGGUAGAACCAGUCGUGAAAGAAAGACCAAGCCACUCAAGUACCCGCUUAAGGAUUUCACCGUCAUCUCUGACAACCCACAAUACUUGCAGGAUCUCAAGGAGCUCGAGUCGUACGUCAUCGAAGAGCUUAACAUCCAACGUCUCGUCCUCACCUCGGACGACUCGCUUGUCAACAUUGUGGCCGAACCUGACCGUAAGCGUCUUGGUCAACGUCUCAAGACCGCCUUGUCUGACGUUACCAAGCAAAUUGCUAACCUCUCGGUCGACGAUCUCCGUGCCUUCCAAAAGAAGGGAGAGUUGAACAUUGGCGAGCACGUCCUCACCACCGAAGAUCUCAAGAUUAUCCGCAAGUACAAUGGUGACUUGAGCUUGUUUGAGCCAUCUGGUGACGACGAUGUUCUCACCAUCCUCGAGUUGACCAUCGAUCAAAACCUCGUCGAAAAGGGUUUGGUUCGUGAAGUUAUCAACCGUAUCCAACGUUUGCGUAAAAAGAGUGACCUCCUCCCAAGUGACGCCGUCCAAAUGCUCUACAACACUGCCGACGAGCAAAUCCGUACCGCCAUGGUCAACCACCAACCAUACCUUAAAGAGAUUUUGAUUUUCCCAGUUGAAUUUACUCAAUCUGAUCCAACCGAUACCUUUGCCUACGAGUUGGCUUCUGUUUCAAAUGAUAACGAUUUCAAACUUUGGUUUAAGAAAUAA